AUGCCUCCCAAACUAUCUCUAGCGACCCGGACUGUUCACGCUUCCAUCGGGCAAGUCUGGGGGAUUGUGGCUGCCUACGGAGGAGAGUGUCUCUGGUUUCCGAACGUGACGAAGUCGACGCUCGAAGGAUUCGGAGUUGGGUCUACUCGCUCGCUCUGGUUCGAGAAUGGUCCGGACGGGAAGGAAGCGUGGGACGAUAAGCCUGUGCGUGAGCAACUUGUACACGCUGACGGCGCAGCCUAUUCCCUCCGUUGGCAGAUCUUCAACGACAACAUUGGCGAGGUGCUGUCCUUUUCCACUCUCAAGCUUCAUGCCAUCAGCGACAAUACCACGGAGAUAACCUGGUCUGGAGAGACAACCUUCCCUGACGGGCCGGAGCGGGAGGGUCUCAAAGUAUUCAUUGAGGCCAUGUAUAAUGGAGCCAUGGAGGCCAUUGCGAACAAGUUGGAGCAGUAA